CGCUAAUCUAAAUAAUAACAAUGGUGACAGACGUGCAACUGGCCAUAUUUGCCAACAUCCUUGGCGUGUCGUUGUUCUUGCUGGUUGUGCUAUAUCACUACGUAGCUGUCAAUAACCCCAAGAAACAGGAGUAGAGGUUCCCAAUAUGCUUGUAGAGGCAAGAUGGGAAUCAAAGCCACCACCUUGGAAAAGACAUUCCCCACUUGCAGUUCAAUUAGGAUUACACACUCAUGUUUUUUCUAAUAAAAUUGUGUGAAUUCAA